CGGGUGGGCGGUGCUUGCUUUGAACAAAACUUUAUUGUUUCGCCGUGGCGGCGGCGGCAGCGCGUAGGAUGCGCUGAGGCUUCCCCCGCCCGGCCUCGGCAUGUCAGGCAGCCGCCAGCCGCCGCAGCAGCACCCUACCCCGGCUGGGCAGGGCGCCGCGGCCUCCGCCUCCUCCGCCGUCACUUCGGCUUCUUCUUCUUCUUCGUCGUCGUCGGCACCGGGCUCCUGCUCCUCGUCCGCGGGGCCCCCCGCGCGGCCUGUGCUGGUGGCUGCGGCCUCUGGGCUUUCCCGGCUGGCGGGGGCGGCUAGGCCCGGCGGCGGCUCCUCGUCGGGAGGCGGCGGCAGCAGCGGCUCCUCGUCGGGAGGCGGCGGCGGCGGGAGCAGGAAGAGGCCGCUGCUGACGCCGCUCUGCAACGGGCUCCUCAACUCGUACGAGGACAAGAGCAACGACUUCGUGUGCCCCAUCUGUUUUGAUAUGAUUGAAGAAGCAUACAUGACGAAAUGUGGACACAGUUUCUGCUAUAAAUGUAUUCAUCAGAGUCUGGAGGAUAACAACAGAUGCCCCAAAUGUAACUAUGUGGUUGAUAACAUAGACCAUCUUUACCCCAACUUUUUAGUGAAUGAGCUCAUCCUCAAACAGAAGCAAAGAUUUGAGGAAAAGCGAUUCAAACUGGACCAUUCAGUGAGUAGCACCAAUGGACACAGAUGGCAGAUAUUUCAAGACUUAUUGGGAACUGAUCAAGAUAACCUUGACUUGGCCAAUGUUAACUUGAUGUUGGAGCUGCUUGUGCAAAAGAAGAAGCAGUUGGAGGCAGAGUCCCAUGCUGCCCAAUUACAGAUCCUUAUGGAAUUCCUCAAGGUUGCCAGGAGAAAUAAAAGAGAGCAACUGGAGCAGAUCCAGAAAGAGCUGAGUGUUCUGGAAGAGGAUAUUAAACGAGUGGAGGAAAUGAGUGGCUUGUAUUCCCCGGUCAGUGAGGAUAGUACGGUGCCUCAAUUUGAAGCCCCCUCGCCUUCGAACAGUAAUAUUAUCGAUUCCACGGAGUACAGCCAGCCUCCAGGAUUCAGUGGCAGUUCUCAGACUAAAAAACAGCCAUGGUAUAACAGCACAUUGGCAUCAAGGCGGAAGAGGCUUACAGCUCAUUUUGAGGACUUGGAGCAGUGCUAUUUUUCCACUAGGAUGACUCGUGUAUCAGAUGACAGCAGAACCACAAGCCAGCUGGAUGAAUUUCAGGAGUGCCUAUCCAAGUUCACUCGCUACAAUUCUGUCCGACCUUUGGCAACGCUGUCUUAUGCUAGCGAUCUCUAUAAUGGCUCCAGCAUAGUAUCCAGUAUCGAAUUCGACCGGGACUGUGACUAUUUUGCUAUUGCUGGGGUGACAAAGAAGAUUAAAGUCUACGAGUACGGCACAGUCAUUCAGGACGCAGUGGACAUUCAUUACCCUGAGAAUGAAAUGACCUGUAAUUCCAAAAUCAGCUGUAUCAGCUGGAGUAGCUACCACAAGAACCUGUUAGCCAGCAGUGACUAUGAAGGCACAGUCAUCCUGUGGGAUGGGUUCACAGGACAGAGAUCAAAGGUCUACCAGGAGCAUGAAAAAAGAUGCUGGAGUGUUGACUUUAACUUGAUGGACCCUAAACUACUGGCUUCAGGCUCUGACGAUGCAAAGGUGAAGCUGUGGUCUACCAACCUGGAUAAUUCAGUUGCAAGUAUUGAGGCCAAGGCUAAUGUGUGUUGUGUCAAAUUCAGCCCCUCUUCUAGAUACCAUCUGGCUUUUGGCUGUGCAGAUCACUGUGUUCACUACUAUGAUCUUCGCAACACUAAGCAGCCAAUCAUGGUGUUCAAAGGGCAUCGCAAGGCAGUCUCCUAUGCAAAGUUUGUGAGUGGAGAAGAAAUUGUCUCUGCGUCAACAGACAGUCAGCUGAAGCUAUGGAAUGUAGGGAAACCACACUGCCUGCGCUCUUUCAAGGGUCACAUCAACGAGAAGAAUUUUGUAGGCCUGGCGUCCAACGGAGACUACAUUGCCUGUGGAAGUGAAAAUAACUCCCUCUACCUGUACUACAAGGGCCUCUCAAAGACACUUCUGACUUUCAAAUUUGACACAGUAAAAAGCGUCCUGGACAAGGACCGGAAAGAGGAUGACACAAAUGAGUUUGUCAGUGCUGUGUGCUGGAGGGCACUGCCAGAUGGGGAACCUGUUGAGGUUUCUCCUGUAAAGGUGGUACUUGCUGACAUGAGUGGGUCUCAGAACUGCCACAAAUUCCCCGUCCAUUGCUAUUCGGUGUAUGCAGGGGAAUCCAAUGUGCUCAUCGCUGCUAACAGCCAGGGUACAAUUAAGGUACUGGAGCUGGUAUGAAGUGUUUUCUCUCAAGGCGUGAGGUACUUGGUCCUGCCGACAUGCUACAGCUUUCAUUUGGGAUCCUCAGUGGGGCAAGAAACCAGAACCACCUUGAUAUUCCUCUCCACAGUCGUCAUGUUUGGUUGUUUUUUGUUGUUGUUGUUGUUGUUUUUUUUCCAUUUACGGACCCUAUAGGACCUUUUGAAACACUGGGAACACCAGUGAACUGUCUGCCAUCAAGGUUAACUCCACAGACUUUGCUGCUGCUUGUAUGGUUGUCUAAUUUUUAUGAUAGGGAAACAAAUUCUUUUAAAUAAAAACAAAUAACAAAAAGGAAUAAUAAAGAUUAUUGAGCCACAAGGUGAAGCUGGAAGAUUCUCUCUUGUUGCAUAUGGGAACAGAUUUACUUGGGAAGGGAGCUAACAGGACCAUAAAAGGGCUGUACUAUGGAAUCUCACACUUCUGGGUUACCUUACCUGGGGUUUUCUUUCAUCCCCACAGGGGAAAAAAAAUCUCUGAGCCUUACCGGGACAUCGAAGCAGUUUGCUUUUAGAGCGUAAGAUGUAUGUGGUUUAGUUGUGUGUUGGUUUUUUAGAUGCAUUCAGUGUUCAUGAAAAUUGCCAGGUUGACAGUUCUGGAGACUGAAGUCCUCCAGAUAUCAACAGGAAAGUGGCAGCUUCCCCCUGCCCCUUCCAAUAUGCCUCAACCUUGACCUGGAGGGACUGCUUGUAAGGAUGGGGUCGUUCUGUCUCCGUGCCCACAAAAUCCUUGGCGCCUCUGCAGCCUGCCAACAAAACAAGGGUACCAACUGUGACGUGGACAUCUCUUGACUGUGAACUGGACUGACUCCACCAAACUAUUUCUCAUAGGCCACCAGACUGCCAUCAGCUAACAACUUCCUGCACUGCUGAGUGGGGCUGGAUUUGAAUCAUUCAAAUAGAGGUGAAAGGCUCCAGAUCCUGUUACCAGAGCUCUGCUGUCAUAUCCAAUCUGCCACGUGGCCUGUUGUUUGUCCCCAGUUCAUAUCAUGUGGGGAAACCAAGCAUUCUGAAUGUUGUAAUGAGGGGGGAAUUUAAUUGAUUGUAGUGUGUUUCAAAGCCGCGACACAGGAGCUUUAUUUUUAAUAACCAGGCUUACACUUAAUUGUACAUAUGGAGAGGGGGAAUAAACCAUCGUGCUGAG